AUGCAAUCCGCAGCCUCUUCCCACUCCAACGCCAGCACCACCCUCAACCAUGCGACUCAAACACCCCAGCCCCCAUCCGCCCACCAGCUGCGCCAGCAGCACCUCGCAAAGCUCGACGGCGUCCUCUACCACUUCUACUCCACCACCGCAAACAUAGUCAUCCAGUCCAGGCUGCUCACCUACCGCGCCGCCGCCGCGCACCCGGACCACUCCCAGCUCCAGGCCAGGCUCACAAAAUGGUUCGCCCUCCAGAUCCCCGAGCUCGACCUCUUCAAGGAAGAGAUCCGCCUCUGGCGAUCCAUUUCGUCGAUGCUGCCACUCGAUGGUGACGCGCCAGCCUCGCCCGCGGGCCGCGCAUCCGAUAGCGUGCCCCCGCUCGUCAUUGACAUCGUCCUCGACCUGUCCGGCGUCUCGGAUGGCCACGUCGUGCAGCUCUGGGCCAAAUCGGGCACCCGCCGUGCGCCUCACUUUCUUGGCAACGUCGAGGCCGCAUCGCCGCCCGCAUGGGAGGACCGCCUCCCCAUCGACGGCCUGCACAGCGCCAAGACAUCGGCCGACGAUCCGGAGCGUCCGACGGCGAAGCGCACCACGCGGCUCGUGGUCCUCGAGAGGUGGAAGCUCGAGUUUGUGCCUGGCACACCCGAACAGGUACCGGAGCUGCCCACGCUCUACAAGCGCUCCAUUGCCCAUUUCCGCGGCCUGUACACGCUAGUCAACGCGCUGCCCGUCGGCCGGCUGUGCGGUCGCAUCGAGAACGCCAAACGGAGAGCCGAGGCGAUUUCGGGCAGAAAGGCCAGACGCGACGCCAGUUCGGACCCGAGUCCCGAGCUCGCCAUCGACGACGACGUCGGCGAGCUGGAUCACGAGCUCAAGAUCGGAUGCCGCCUCAGCAUGGCCGAGGAGGCGGGUGACGGCGGCGAAGACGGCGUUGUCGGCAUCGACCGCCUGCUCCAAGCUGAAGUGGAUGCAGCGGGCCAAGAGGCACCCCUGCCAGGGCAGGCCAAGCAGACCGGAGGAACGACGGUUCGGCGUUUCGCGCCCAUCGUCACCCCGCUCGGCGCCCUGCACACCUCGAUCACGUUUCGGCGGCUCGCCGACUUCUCGGUGCACGACGCCAAGAGCCUAGAGAGCAUCCGAGAGAUGCAGAUUGAGAUGGACGAAGACUUUUUCAGGCCGACGGUCGAGGCGGUGCGCAAGCGGACCGAAUCGGGCGCCUCGGGCGUGCGGCCCAGCCUCUCGAGCGACUACGAGCGGCGUGCCAGCUCAGGCUCUGCGGUUCACUCUGACGUCGGCUCAGGCCGAUCGCCUGCCUCGGCAUCUCCGCUGCAGCCUGCCGCCGUCCUAGCCGCCGAGGCUCCGUACGCUGCGCAGCCUGGCGUCGCGCAAGCUUCGACGAGCGGCAACGGCAGCAGCGGCGGCGGCCGAAAUGGCGUCGCUAGUCUGUCGCGUCCCCAAUCGCUGUCCUCGGCCACGGCGCAGCCGCGUAUCGGGGGCCUGUCGGCGGGCAAGGCGUCGGCAGCCGCACUCGGCCCCAAUCACCCUCCAGGAUCCAUGGGCCCGCCGACGACGAUCCCGAGUCAGGCUGCAACGAGCGCUGCGGUCUCGAGCGAGCAGUUGCUGUCGCGUUCGCCGGCCACCGGCACCAGCGUCUUUAGCACCAGCGCGCCAGGUCGCCCAGUGGCCGGUCUCUCGAGCCUGCGCAGGACUGGCUCGAUCACGUCCAACGUCUCCAAUCUCGGCUCUUCUGGCCUGGCCGGCGCAACGCCAUCGAGCCCGGCACUGGCUGCGGCGCUCAGCGUCGAGCCCGCCUUCCUCGCCAUGGGACAGCCACGGCGCCCAAGCACCAGCGAGCGGAGGCUACGCUCCAUCAGCUCCACGUCCAGCGGCAGAGACAGCCCCACCUCAUCGGUCACGGGAUCAUCUGCCCCAGCAUCGGUGCCCGUCUCUACCGGCGGCACCGCGGCAGCGCACUCGAACAGCCUGAGGACAUCCCUGGGCCGCGUCACGAGCGGGCCCAUUCCCGUCAGCAGCCCGCAUCCUCGGGCCGGGUCCUUCAGCCCGUCGUCUCCGUCGCCGCUCGUGCAGCAGAUCUCGAUGCAUCAGAGGGUGCAGACGGGAAGUUCGUCGGCCUCGAUGGCCUCGCAGACGGGCUCGAGGCUGUCGUCGAGCCCGGCAAUGCGUUGCCAGAUGGUCGGCGGAGCAGUGCCGAGCCUGCGCAGCGUGUUCCAGACCUACGCGCCGAGCCCAUCGAGCUCGCUGGCGCACGUCAGCUCGCCGUCGAGCCUCAGCCUACGCGGCUCCAUGUCGAGGCGGUCCAUCGGGGCGGGUGAUUCCGGGUCCAGCUCGAACCUCGCCUCGAGCAGCUCGGGCGCCCGGCCGCAGAUGAUCAAGCGCUACAGCACCAACUUUGGCUAUCGACAAGCCGCUCGGGAUCAACGGUCCGUGUACGGCAGCAGUCUCGGAGGAACGGCCGAUCCUGGAGCGAUGGGCUCUUCGACGACGGGUGCUGAGCCGGCCAGCCUGCCUAGCAGCGGUGCUGGCAGCCUUGGAUCGCAGUACGGUCGGAGCUGGGCAGCGCGCAUGGAGCAGCGACAGCUGUACAGCAACUUUGUUCGCGGCUCGACGAGCAACGACGACGCCACCAGCGGCAGCACCUCGACCUCGAUCCGCUUCCGCUCGUCGCCCGCUGCGGGCGUCACCCCGACCGGCGCCCUGACACCCAGUCCUGGAAGCCACGAGGGCGACCUCGACGACCUGAUGCGGCUGAUUGACUCCAAGCCGGUGCUGAGGACGAGCGCGGCACGGGCCGGUGAACCUCGGGAUCGGCCAGAAGCGUCGAGCUCCGGUGCCGCGACGCCCGGCAACGAGCGCGAUCGUGACAAGGACUCGCCCAGCCCCGUGGAAGGAGGCAUCGACCGGAGUCGCGAGCUGCAGACCCGCAACGCUGCGAGCUCGAGCAGCUCGAGCCUCGGGGCGCGGAGCGGGCAUGGCAAGGCCGGCGUCUACGCGUCGAUUCGAGGGACCAACCCGCUCUCGCGCAGCCAGGUCGACGAGAUGCUCAGCCGCAUGGUCCAGUCGGUCAACCUCGGGCCCUCGACCGGCGGCGCAGCGGGCGGCAUGGAACGCCACCGCACGACCUCUGGUGCUCUAGCGCAAGCCUCGCCGAGCGACGAUCGCGUCUCGUCGCAGUUGGGCUCUGCCACGGCUUCUCCGAGCGGACGGGUACGUCCGAGCCUGCGCGGGGCGUUUGACCGGCCAGCCUCGGCGAACGAGUCGCGCGUGGCGCCAUCGCGGGCAGUGACGGCCUACCGCGGCGGCGCGUCUUCACCCAUCGUCGGCGAUGCGGCGGACGCCAUCUCGGCGUUCCGGUCCGGCCGUCCUGCUCGCGAUGCGGCUGCCGCACCGAUCGGGACCGGACAGGUGCGAGGCCUGAGGACGGCGGCCAAUGCUUCUGGGUUUGAUGGCGGGUUUGAUGGCAGUUUCGACGACGAGACAGGCCUGCUGCGGUCCGGGGGAGCUCUUGGGCUGCUUCGCGAUCAGGGCGCUGGCGGGCGACCUGGUCACCUCGGCGUGAUGGGCGGCGACGGCACCCGGCGAGGCCAGCUGGCUGGCGGCGAGGCGCUGCAGACGGCCGGAUCGGGACAUUCGCUCGAGUACGGCGCGAGCCGGAACAGCUACGAUCCGAUGGACGACGAAGCGGCCGGCCGGAUGGAGAUGCCGCUGGGCGACCUCUUUGACGACGACUACGGCGUGUCCGUGCCCGACCAACAGCAGCCCGUCGCCGGCAUCGCCGGCAUUCACCCUCAUCGGCCCAAGGCGACGACCGGGGCGGGCGUUGGUACUGGCACGGGUACGGGCACGGGCACCGGUACGGGUACAGGUACGGGUGGCUUCCAAGUUACGAGGACGCGGAGCGGUACAAGCCGCAGCAGCCCGUCGUCUCAUGCGACGGCAUUCCUUGGCGGCGCUGGUGGUGGUGGAGUCGGUGCCGGCGGUGGCGGCGGGAUCGCGACGACUAUGGACUGGGAGCGCGGGGAGCGGGAGCGACAUCGGGCCAGGGAGCUCGAGCGCCGGCGGGCCGACGCCGAGAUGGCGCGCAACUUUGGAAACGAGGUCGGAGCCGGCACACGCGGUCGAGGCUCGCGCAGCCUCUGGCGUCACGGGCUCACGAGCCCCUCUGCGCCGUCGAGCGUGACGCACGCCGUCGGCUUUGGGGCGGCGAUGAACGCGAUGCGGAGCGGCCAGCCCUCGCUCGCCCAGCAACGCCUAGGUCGCAGGGGCCGGUGCGGCAGCGACCCUGGCGCCGAGGCCGAUGACCGUGGCGACGACGGCGAGGACGACGAGGAUGACGAGGAGCCCGCUGGCUACCGCCGCGGGGCACGCGAUGACUAUGGACGGCGAUGA